AGGGACGGGCCAAGCGCAAUGAGUGACGGUUUGCCUCCGCCCCCGCCUCCGCCGCCUCCUGAAGAUGGAGAGGCGUUUGGCGGCAACCCCUUUGGCUCCCUGGUGCAGCCUGCGCCCUUGAUCUUGAGGUGUAAAGUGGUGUUGCUGGGCGACUCCGCAACUGGCAAGACGUCGUUGGCAAAGGUGUUCCAGGGCGGUGCGACCAACUUCCCGAAGAACUACGCCAUGACGUUAGGAAUCGACACCUUGGUGAAACGAGUUAACAUUCCUGAGACCAACGUGGUUGUGGAGUUGUACAUCAUAGACUGUGGCGGCUUCUCCGUCUGCCAGGACGUGCUCCGUCCACAAUGGGAGACGGCCAACGCCAUGAUGCUUGUCUACGAUGUGGCAAAUCCCGAGAGCUUGAGCCACCUGGAAGAGUGGUAUGCUCAACUGAAGCAUGCGCGGGGCGAAUCCGCCAUCUCUGGGGUGGUCAUAGCAACCAAGACUGAUCUGAUGGACCGACCUGGCUGCAUUUCAGUGGAGCAGGGCCAUCAGUUCAGCAGCGAAAGGGGCCUCGAGUUCUUUGAAACCUGCUCUGCGAAAGGAAUAGUGGAUGCACCGUUCCAUUUCCUGGCAGAGCGCUUCUACCAGAAGUACGGAGAGCGCAAGGUGGAAUUGGAGAAUCUUCACUGAAGCUCCUGCAGGGCUCAUGGCGCGUGCUUCACCCAGAAGAUAUGCUGAAAUGGCCAUGCACAUGAGCGUUUCACUGCCGUAGGGCGACGGUAGCCGAGACGUGCAGCGGAAUCUGCUUCAGAGGCAACAAUAGGCAUGCACCACACUUUGUUCUAC